AGCGCCGGCCCCCGGGUGUGGCCUGAGGGAGCGGGAGGGCCCCGGGGGGCGGGCGGACGGCGGUACCGAGAAGCGACCCGCAGGAUGCCGGGGCUGGUGGUGUUCGGGAGGCGCUGGGCCAUCGGCAGCGACGACUUCGUCCUCCCGGGGGCCUUCGAGCUCUUCGUCAGGCUGGUGUGGUGGAUUGGAAUUCUUGCUCUCUACACAGUCCAUAAGGGGCAUUUUAAUUGUCCUGGGGGAGGAUUACUGCGCAGCUACCUGCUCGUCCUCCUCGUUCUCCUGGCUUCUAUAAUAUGUGCAUUGUCUGCUCUUGUAUAUGUCAGUAUGCAAGGAACAAUUUCUAAUCCUGGCCCAAGAAAAUCACUUCCCAAGCUACUUUAUACACGUCUGCUUCUCUAUUUGCCUGAGUUCAUCUGGGCUAUUGUAGGAGCUGUAUGGGUGUCAGACAGCAGUGUGCACUGUGAGAAGGCUGUGAUAAAUGCCAUCAUUGGGACAAUUAUUGCAAGCUGGAUUAUCAUCAUCUUCACCAUCAUUGGCGUUGUAAUCGUCUUUGAUCCACUUGGGGGGAAAAAAACGUUUUACCUGAGUGAUAGUGUAACUCGGAACCUGGAAAGCAGUCAGUCAGGACAGUUGCUGUACAACGUGAAGAACAGUGCCACCAAAGUCUGGGAGAAAAGGAUCAGGUUACUGUGUUGCUGCAUCGUGCAGGAUGACGACCAUCGGGUGGCGUUUACAAGCAUAGCAGAGCUUUUCCGCAACUACUUUUCGGACACUGAUCUGGUGCCAAGUGACAUAGCAGCUGGUUUGACUCUGCUCCAUCAAGAGCAAGAUAAAAUGGAAAGUUGCCCAAAAGAUCCUGAAGAAGUCCUCUGCCAUUCUCCAUCCUCUCUUGUGGCAGAUGAUUUGGAUACUGAGCUGGAGAAUGCUGCUCACUAUAUGCUGUUUGCUGCAGCUGCUUAUGGUUGGCCCUACUACAUAUACACCAACCCAUUUACUGCACUCUGUAAGCUGAGUGGUGACUGUUGUGGAAAUAGACCAACAGAUUCUGACAUAACUGGCAGUGAUCGUCAUAACUUUCACUUUGGAUCCAUCCUACAGAUAACAGGACUGCAGUACAGAGACUUCAUUCAUAUCAGUUUCCAUAACAAGAUCUAUGAGAUUCCAUUUUUUGUUGCACUGGAUCACAAAAAAGAAGCUAUUGUGGUUGCAGUGAGAGGAACCCUGUCUUUUGAGGACAUUCUCACUGAUCUGUCAGCAGACUGUGAAGACUUGACACUGGAGGAUGUUCUAGAGAAUGGCUUUGUGCAUAAGGGAAUAACUCAAGCUGCAAAUUACAUCUAUCGAAAGCUCAUAAAUGAAGGAAUUCUAAACAAGGCAUUCACAAUUGCUUCAGAAUAUAAACUUGUGAUAGUUGGUCACAGUUUGGGUGCUGGAACAGCUGCUAUAUUGGCAGUCAUGCUCAGAAAUUCCUUCCCAACAUUAAGAUGUUAUGCCUUUUCUCCUCCAGGAGGACUUUUAAGCAAGUCACUUGCAGAUUACACCAAGCACUUCAUUAUUUCAGUCAUUGUUGGAAAGGACCUUGUUGCAAGGCUGAGUAUGCCCAACAUGGAGGAUUUAAAGAGGAGAAUAGUGAGAAUUGUGGCAAAUUGCAACAGACCCAAGUACCAGAUUUUGCUGCGUGGUUGUUGGUACGAAGUAUUUGGAGGAGAUCCAGAUGACUUCCCAACUGAGCUGGAUGGAAGAAACCAAGAUGCCCUCAACCAGCCACUUCUGGCUGAGGAGAGUCUGAUGGUUCAUCGGUCACCUUCAUACAACGCCCUUGAGGAUGAAUCACACCCACAUUCACCACCUCAGUAUCCUCAUCUCUAUCUUCCUGGGAAGAUUAUCCAUAUUGUAGAAGAAUCCAGCUCUAAGAGGUUGUGGUCUUCAGAUACUAAAUACACAGCAAGAUGGUCAAACGAAACAGUCUUCAGCAGCAUUUUAAUAAGUCCCAAGAUGGUAACAGACCACAUGCCAGAUGUUGUGCUCAAAGCUCUGAACAGUUUAUCUCAGGAACAGGGAUCGUGUAUUUCAUGUCAAACACAAGAGUGUAACACCACCAAUGUUGUGCAACCAUAGCUGGAAGAAGAGGUGGGGGUUACUGCAGGUUUCAAGCAUUCAGAAGCAUUCCACUUACAUACCUGAGUGGAUUUCAGUACUUUUCUCCCAUUGCAUAAAAUAAACAAGGGUCUUAAAGCCCUUGCCUCGAGUAACAGUAUGCUGGGUAAAGUACAGAUUCUGCGUUUGUGCUGAAGGCUGAGCUUUUACAAAAUGGAGCAAGUUCUGGCCAGUCCCGCCUGGUGCAUGAGCUGAGGCGGCAGCCGAGUACUUGACCGAAGCGCCUGCGUGAGUGAGGACAGCUCGGGCUGCAGAGCCCUGUCAGACCUUACAAAAAAAAGUAAGAAAUCCAGUUUUGAAAUCCUGUUCUGCUUCAAAGUCCCUUCACGCUGGUGUCUUUGCGGAGCCCGGAGGGCGCUGUGUGCGGAGCAGCCGCAGGAGCAGCGCGGCAGAGCCAGGGCUGGAGGAGGGUGAGUGGGCAGGGCUGGGGGGGGGGGGGGUGCGGCAGCCUCCGGGCGGGCACCGGGCAGGGCUGAGCCAUUGCACUGUUCUCUUACAGAUUGGGGCAGUAUCCCGGGGCCGGGGUGUGUUGUGGUUAAAUGCUGCUUGGAUAUAGAUGUGCAAUAUUCUUUUACCUACCUGGUUUGUUUUUGUUGAGCCACAUGACUACUUCUAUUGAUUUUAAACUGAAUUAAUACUGUAAUGACUUAAAAGGAAAAGAAAUCAUUGUUCAUGCUCUGGCAUCAUCUUUGACACAGCUCUGGCACUACUACCAAGUGCACCAAUCCUGCCAAAAAAGAAAAAAGGAAAAAAAAAAAAAAAAAACAAGGAAAAAAAGAAAAGAAAAAAAAAAAAAAGUUGUACUGAUUUUUAAGAAGUGGGUUCCUUGUUUCUAGUGUGCAACUAUUUUAACUUUCUGGGUGUUUUUUUUUUCCUCAGGGUCUGCAGCAUUUCUUUUAAAGAAAAAAUUUAUGCAAAUAAGUAAAAGUAGUAUAUGGUUGAAAAAGACCUGUGUGGCUGUUCCUGCUGUGAUGUGGAGACCAAAUAAAAUGCACUCAAGAA